AGUGAGAGGGGAGAUGGAUGACUUUGCUGUGCCUCAACAAAUUUCUCCUCAUAAUAGCCCUUGCUUUUCAGCUCUAACUACGUUUCCUUUCCCUUUUUUUUUAAAGGGAAUUAAAAAUCCAAAUCCGUAUAUUAAAAGGCUACCGCCAGUCAUCGUGACUAGCACAAUAAAAAGCGGGACACCAUUCUGAAUAGGAUUAAAACAUUAGCUAAUUAUUUAUAAUUAUUUAAAUCUCCAAUAUGUACUUUAAAAAGAGCCUAUACUUUUAAAAGUACCAAAUAAUGAGCUGUGUGUCUCAGUUAAGAGAUUAAAUAAUCCAAUUGAUUUAAAAUAUACCCCACUUUUCCAGUACUGCAUGCGUUCAAAGCAGCUUAAACUAACAUGGAGAGGGGGAGAAUAAAAUUACAGCAAUAUACAACAAAAAUAGAUUUAAAAACAUAGUGAAGAACAUAGGUCAGCCAUUAAAAAUGCUAUGUUAAAUGUGGAAAUACUUAUUUAGGCAUUUUUAUACUGCCCAAGCAACCCAUAGUGGUUCAUAAUUUAAAAUCAAUAAAGAACAAACAGUAAUUGGUAUGCAAAGGCAACACACACAUGGGAAAUUAGGCAGCAGUCCUAUUCGCAACAGGGUUUUUCCUUCUGAAUAAGACAUGCCAUUUUGAAUCAAGAUAGUGGACUGAACUUUUCAAAACUACUGAUUCUAACAAUUAAAAAACUUCACUGAUUUUUUGGUUUCUUAGAAUUCCUGAGCAGUGCCAGAUACAGAGCUGCUAGUAUCCCAUAAAAUAAACUUUUGUAAUGCUCCCUACCGCCAGCUUAUCCAUCUUUAAAUAUUUGGCAUGAUUAAGUGCUUAAAAUGACUGCUCCUGACAUUUUCAACUUAAUUUUUAUUUAUGGUAUAUCCUAGAAGCAGAUACUGUACAGGCAGUGCUUUUUUUCUAAAAAAAUGUUUAGGGGUACUCUCGUUUUCCUACUUAUAUUGAAAUACUGCCCCUCAGUGAGACCAAGGGACGCGGGUGGCGCUGUGGGUUAAACCACAGAGCCUAGGGCCUGCCGAUCAGAAGGUCGGUGGUUCGAAUCCCCACGAUGGGGUGAGCUCCCAUUGCUCGGUCCCUGCUCCUGCCAACCUAGCAGUUUGAAAGCACGUCAAAGUGCAAGUAGGUAAAUAGGUACUGCUCCGGCAGGAAGGUAAACGGGGUUUCCGUGCGCUGCUCUGGUUCGCCAGAAGCAGCUUAGUCAUGCUGGCCACAUGACCCGGAAGCUGUACGCCGGCUCCCUCGGCCAAUAAAGCGAGAUGAGCACCGCAACUCCAGAGUCGGCCACGACUGGACCUAAUGGUCAGGGGUCCCUUUACCUUUAAUGAGACCAAUCUUAGAUUCACAAAAUGUUUAGGGGUAUGCGUACCCCUGUGUCUCCCCAGAAAAAAAAGCACUGGAUACAGGUUAUUAUACUACAAAUGCACAAAGAAGUAAUUAAACUCUUAUCAAUAUAUAUUCUAUAUGCAAACUGAAUUUCUUACCUAAAUAUUACUAAUGGGAAAGGGCUUUAUCCAAUAUAUACAAGGAUUUCAAUUGUGCAAUGAGACUGUCACAGUUCCCCAACUCCCUCAAAGUCUGCUCUUUGGAGUUGGGGGACCCUCCAGAGUGGAUUUGAGAGGGAAGGGUGUGGGGGAGGAAAGCAAUAGGAAAUCUAGUCAUGCAAUGCAGGAUUUUCAGUUAAUAUUUUCAGUUUCUCAUCAGAUGGAAUGUCUGGCAAUAGAUUCAGCAGAGAUGAAAUAAAGCACAUCACAAUGAUUCAUAAUUAACAUAUGGAAUUCACUGCCAUAAUAUGUGCUGCUGGUCGUUGCCUACAAAUGGGAAUUGGCCAUGAUGGCUAAAUUGAAUCUCUGUUUAGAGGCAGUAUAUAAUACCUUUAAAUAAGGAGCUUCUGCUGGGAGGUACGAAUGGGAGAGAAAGGCAAUGUUGCCUUCAUGUCCUGGUGGGCUGCCCAGAGGCAUCUCAUUGGCCACUGUAGAAACAGAUUCUGGACUUGAUGGGCCUUUAGUCUGAUCCAGCAAGACUCUUAUAUUCAGCCUGUGAAUUUCCUUGCAACUUAACCCUUUGCCCUUUCCCUGCACUCUUCUGCAGAAAAAUGAAGUUUGCCGUUCUUGCUCAGUUUGGGAUUUAUUUUUUAGAGUUUGAAACUAAUUAUUUUAUUAACAUUUUUAUUAGCAUUUUUUAAUUCACAGUCUAAAGUUCAUGGUUGUUUCAGCUCUACUUGGAACAACCUAAGAAAUUCUCCCUUACAAAUGAUAUUCCCGAAAAUCAAAGGAAAGUAUUCCUUUAUGCAACAACAGCUGCCAGGAUGCUUAUAGCAAAAAACUGGAAAGGGAGGAAAAUUCCAUCAGUGAAAGAUUGGCAAAUUAAAUUUUGUGAAUACAUAAAUCUGGCAAGACUCACAGCAUUCAUAAGGGGACAAUCGGACCAGAAAUUAUUAAAAGAAUGGAGUUGUGCUAAAGAGUAUAUGAAAAAACAUUGUUCUGGAGUAAGUAUAUUGGUAUGUAAUGAAUGAUGCUUUACAGGGUUAAAGGGGGGGAAAAUGGUGUAAAAAGAAAAGAAAAGGACAAAGAUGGAAGUAAUCUAACCAGACACAACAAUAUAGUAAGAGUAAAUUUUUUGAGGUCUUAGAACAAAGGAAGGAAGUCAAUAUGUGUAAAUGUACGUAAUGAUAUGGUUUUUUUCUGUAGAUGUGUGUUUUUUCAUUUUUGUUUAGUUUUGUUUUGUUUCCUUUGCUUUUUUUCUUUUUCUUUUCUGUUUUUUUUUUGUAUGUUCCGUUUUGUUUGUUUGUAUAGUAUUAUUUUGGAUUCAGUGUUUGUAAUUUUUGUUAUGAUUCUGCAUUGAAAAUAAAUAAAUAAACAAAAAUAAAUAAAUAAAUAAUAAUAGAGCUGCUUUUUUUGGUAGAACCUUAUGUGCAGCUGGCAAUAAGACUGGAGGGAAAUACAAUUGUAGUCAUAUAAAGCCAAUAAAAAUAUAAUUUUUAAAGAACAUAAAAAUGUGUGACCCAUUUUUUUUAGAAAAAGAAUCAUCUGUUCAGUGUGGAAUUCUUUUCUGAUAAAUUUCAGCUUAGUUCUAGAGGGUACGCACACUCUGCAGGUCCUCAUGAUGGUGUUAACUUCUUGGUUUAAUCUUCUGUGCUCCAACUUUCCUAAUCACUCUACCUACACCUUCUAUGACUCCUAAAAUGUUUCCCUACCUAUUCCUGAUCUUUCACUAAAGGAGAGAUAGCCCAGUAAAAUCAGACCAAAAGGUGAUCAACUCUUGUUAUAAACUCACACAAUCUUUUAUGUCACUUUGUUUGCGGCAGGGCUAAGAUGAGUUCUUCUUCAGUAGAAUUUAAUCUGAGCCAAGGCUCACCAGAGUUUGAAACACAGGGCUCAGCUCUGACAUGGCUGAGGGCUUUUGAACAUGUGCAGAGUGCUUCUCCUCCUCUUGCACAACUGAAAAAUCACCAUCAGCACGAAAACAUCUGGGAUUGCAGAUAUGGACUUGUAGAGGAGAAGGUGUGGCUUCCUGGUUGAUUUGUAAGGCUUGUUGUAGUUUUGAAGUCACGACAGGACAUCGGACUCUCCUUGGGAAAAGGUAAAGUUCCAGAAGCCUCUUUUUUGUUGUGUGUGUCUCCUUAAAGCCAGAACAUCCCAGCCCCACAGAACACAUCAGCUGCAGCACCCUAGAUAUUCAAAAGUAUUAAUUUGGCAAGUACACAAUCCCAUUUCUUAUAGGGAUCAGCUCCAAUAGAUCGAGGACUUUUGCUUUUUGUAAACUGCCCUGAGGCAGGCUGAACUUUUGUCACAUCCCAGGAAAUAGGCUCCUGUCAGCCCGUUUUGACCUCUAUCCAACCAGUGUUGUUGAAUAUGUGAGAGGAAUGAACAAGGGGGUGGGGGAAGAGGAAAGAGAGUAAAUGUUGGGAGAAGGAACAAGAAAUAAGGAGAAGGCCAUUGGGGAGGCUAUGGUUGGCUUUGCCAUGUACGGUUUGCUCUUUCAUCAUCAAACAACAAAUUGAUCCUGGAGAGUCUAGCUGGGGAUGAGAAUCUUUUACUUUGAAACACAAAGACACAAAGCCUUUGGAUCUUUUAUCUGCGCCCCCCUCUCCAUGCAGUCCCUACAGAUGCUUAUUCCUAUUCCUGUAGCUGGAGGGGAUGGCUUCUUUGCCUCAGGCUACAAUCCACAUACCACACUUAAUCUGGUUUAGUCUCAUUGCAGUCAAUGUGGCUAAACAUGGUUUUAUUGCAAGAAGAUACUUGGUUUUUAUAGGUGGGUUUUGCCUCACAAUAAUGCUUUAAAUAUUAAUAUUGCACAUUUCAGAUAUUAAAAGGAUUUGACUUAAACUCAGGAAAUCUUACAACAGCCCUGUAAUGUAGGUUACUAUUAUUCCUAUAUUGCAGAUAGAGAGCUGAGACCAGGAGAACUGUAGUUUAUCUAAGAAGACCACCUACUGAGUUCAUGGCAGAGGUAAGCUUUGAUCUAGAUCUCUCCAGGCUCACAGCUUAUAUACGGUACUACACUUGGUUUUACCAGUCAUUUGGUCUGGAAUAGACAUCCUUUGUUCACUGCAAUUUUAUAGAAAACCCAGGAGGUGUCAUUGCCACCUAAUAAUAAUAAUAAUAAUAAUAAUAAUAAUAAUUUAUUAUUUAUACCCUGCCCAUCUGGCUGGGUUUCUCCAGCUACUUUAUUAUUUCAUUUGAGAAUAUUCUGUGUUGCCUUCCCAUCUCAGAACUGAUCUGUGGUGAUUUCUUUUUAUUCAAAUGGUAUUUCAGUCCAGUAUGGAGUGAUAACUGGGAAGGUUUUUCUGGGGUGGUCUCCCUUUAAUUAGUAGCUUCCUCUUUGUCUCUUUCCUUAAAAUCAAGUGUUUUAUUUCUCUUCCCUCAAUAUCAAUUUCCAGAUGUGAAUUUUUCACAGUUCAGUACUGUUAAAAUACAAUACUAAAAAAUAAAAUAUAUAAAGUUCAUGAACCAUCUUGAUAAUACCUUGUGGAGGGAACAGGAACUGACUAAGGAACAUCCUACCUAUUUUAGAGAGGGCAUGCCUGAUGAUAUUGGGCAGGGCACAUGUGAAGAUUAAAACCAGAUGUAUUGUUAAAAAAAACCCCCUAUUUUGCUUAUGCAACCUAAGUCAGGCACCAGAGGGCGCUUGUGCUGUAAGUUUUUCCCCUCAAAACUAGAUGGAAAAGGGGGAGGUUCAACCGCUUCCUCCUUCCAUGCUAUGAUGGGGUGGGGGCAGGAGAUGAAUUAAACUAGGAGGUGGUACUGAGUUGCCUCCAGGUCACUUGGGAUGUUGCUGCUUGCUUUUUCACUGGAUCAUAUGGCCCUGGAUUCAGGUUGUGUGCCAGAGACCCAGUGUCACCUUUGGAGGAAAUGUCCUUGAGACUGGAAUUAGAGUCAAAGAAGAAUGAGAUCACAAGUUAGAGGGCACUCUCUCACUCAGCACCCCCACCAUCCUGUACUGCUUGCUGCUCUCCCUGCUGUAGUAUCUUACAACAAUAUGUAAGAUUCUCAGCACUAACCUUUUAACAUAUAUGACCUUUUAACAUGCAUUUUUACCCCUUUAACUCCACACAUUUCUCUCUCGUUAUUAAGCUUGCGUCAUCACCUUUUGAAAGCACAAGGACCUAGUGAGAUCAUGUGAUUUACCUAGGUCACACAGAUUAAACCUGUCUUUAAUUCCAGUCCUCUGCUUUGUGACUCAGCUUUCUUCCUCUGAAUAUUACCUGUAUCCUUGUUUUGAAUGUAUUAUAUAGCACAAAGCAUCAUGGUUCCCUGUUAGCCUGCUGGAACCGAAACCCAUUCAGAGAAGCAUCAGAAGCAGUUGGUGGCUCCAGAGGCCAACAGAGGGGAAGGUGAUAAAAACACAAAAUUUAACAUCAGAGGUGGGAAACUGCGACCUUCCAUAUAUUGUUGCACUCCGACUUCCAUCAUUUCUGACCAUUGGCCAUGCUGACUGGAGCUGAUAAGAACUGGAGUCCAUCAACAUCUGGAGGGCCACAGGUUCCCUACUGCUGCUUUUCACAACCUUGAUAAUUCAUUGUGUGUUUUUUGCCUGAGUUCUGUAAGUGCAGCAGCUUUGCUCAGAUUAACACAGUGGUACCUCAGGUUACAGACGCUUCAGGUUACAGACGCUUCAGGUUACAGACUCCACUAACCCAGAAAUAGUACCUCGGGUUAAGAAUUUUGCUUCAGGAUGAGAACGGCUGCACGGCGGCAGUGGGAGGCCCCAUUAGCUAAAGUGGUACCUCAGGUUAAGAACAGUUUCAGGCUAAGAAUGAACCUCCAGAACAAAUUAAGUUCUUAACCCGAGGUACCACUGUAGUGUCCUUGGUUCGCAUUAUCUCUCUAUCAGUUUAUCUCAUACACUGGAAGUAUGCAUUAAUCUUUAUAAAGAUGGGAAUACUACAUUUUUAUAUAUUUGCAAAUAGUAUUUUCCUGAACUUGUGAAUAUGAUCAGAGCAAAAUGCUUCAUUUCUGAAUGAUUGCUGCCAGAGUCCUUAAUGCAGUUUCAUGUCUUUGUCUGCAUGAACAGCCACAGCCUGCUUUUCAGCCCAAAACUGUGGCCUUUUGAUUCUCCUGGCCUUGGAUUUUUGUGACAAAAGUUUUGAGGGUGCUCUUCAGCUCUCAUUCCUUGGGUGUUAUUUCACACAUGGAAGCAGUUUCCCUGCAGCUAGGCACAAGUGCCUCAACCCUUCAGGCCCUUGUCUCCCUCCUUUUAUGUUAAACAGCUCUUUGACCCAGCCUUCUGCCAUUCUAUACUCUGCCUUCCACCAUUGGGCCCCAAACCACAUCCCCCCCCAUCUCCUUUUCCAAGAAUUGACCUUCAGUCCAGCUGCUUCCCCUCAUUCUGCUCUUCCAAACCUGGAACUACAUAUUACAUUUAUAGCUGCAACAGUUCUUCUCGGUUGAGAACUAUAGGUCUUCUUGCACUUCUUACGGCUGUGCCAGUUGUAGAUCAAGUUGCUAACUGUAAUAUAUGAGCACAGAAAGUAUGGAGUGUGAACAAAAAGGCUGUUUCUCUCCUCUCUGUUUGCAAACUGAAUAUUGUUGGCUGAUAUUCAAAAAGCAUUCUGGCCUAACUGAUCCACACCACCACCAGGUUUCUUGUCCAGCAUCUUUCCUUGAGUAGCAUCCGCAGUCAUGGCUUUUAUUUUGUAGUUCUUUUUGCAGAGGUGCUGGUGGUACUAUUUCCAUUUCCAGCCUAUUGUACCUUUUGUUUUGUGAAUGACAAAGCAGCUCAGGAAAUGCAGGUAUUCCUUCUCUUACUGCUGGGGGGGGGGGACGCGGGAGGAGGGAGAGAGUGAGCUUCCUUCCUUGCAUAGCCAGCUCAUGUAUCCAGUCUCCAGGGGAAAGGCCAAGGUGAUGGCAGGAGGAGGGGAGGCUGCAUUUCACCACAUUGGCUCCUUUCCCAGGCUGCUAGAGACAAGCUCCUGUGUCCUCCUUCCGGAGGGGAGGCAUCAUCACCCUCCUAGUUGAGAGAGAGAGAGAGAGAGAGAGAGAAAUAGACAAGCUCAGGCAAGAGGGACUAGUGGUUAAUCCAAGAAGAACAAUAUUGCUCUCUACCCUGUACCUCUUCACCAACACUCCCCAGGGAGCAGAUUGCUUUUUGCUGUCCAAUUCUGCCACCCCCUCCCAUCUUUCUUUUCUGUCUGGCAUCAUCCGUGGCAGCCUCCUACUUUCCCUUCAGGCCUCUCCAGGUUUGGGGUUUCUGCCAGUCAAAUUCUAUAUCCUCUCUUGGCCAGCAUGAAUGGACAUGGCCAGAGGGACAGGCAGCUUGGAUCAUAUCUCUUGUUGCCCCCCCCACUCCUCCUCCUGAUGAGUAGAGCUGCAAGAGGAUGGCUUGGCACAGCUUGACUGAAGGCGCAGCUGCCACUGCUGAAAGCUUAACCCCUCAAGCACCAGGGCAUGGGGCUUCAUCUCCAUCUCCACCCUAAGGGAACAAAAGGGCAGACAUUGUGCUUCUUGUGACAGUGGGGUGCUGUAGGUAUGGGUGUCUGCAGGCGGCUAACUGACACCAUGAAAUCCAUUUGCCUGAGCAGGCAAUUUUUCCUACUCUUUCUUGUUGCCACUGCUAUAGUUCUGCCACACAAACAUGCAGGUUAAUAACCUAAACUGGUGUCACUGGUGCUUGGGACUUAGCUGGCUCCUUCCCCAUCACAUUGUGCGAACAAACAUUCUUCACCCAGAUAGGUUUAGGAUUUGGGGUGAAAAGGGAAACUUGCACUUCUCCAUCCUCCCUGCCACCAAACACUAGCAACCCUCCCCCCACUCACCCCUCGCUCUCCUGGCAGAGGGGGAGGGGGAAGUGUCUGUCUCUUUAAGACUGUCAGGUUGCAGGGAGCAGAUGGCAUCUGCUUCCAGUCCUUGUUCUUUGUGUGGCUGCACAAAAGAGGGAGCCUGUCUCUCCUGAAUUUACCCCCCCCCCUUUGUGUUGGGGUGGAGCUGGGUGCAGGGAGAAUGCAGCUGGGGGAGGUCUGAAGAAGGGAAGGAACCAUAUUGGGAGGGGGUGGAGCAGAUUUAUUGCAAAAGUAAACUUGAAUUUUCCAGGCCUUUGUGCACUGGAAAAGGGGGAAGCCAGGGACUUAUUUUAUUGUGGAUGCAGCCCCCCACUGCACUGCACAAAUGCAACCUCAAACCUUCCCUUUCUUAGCCUCUAAACGAUGGGGAGGUGCUGAAGUGGGAAGGUUUGCUGUAGCUGGAAAGCUGGGGACCAUCAUGAGGAAGGCAGAAUCAGCAAAAGAAGAACUAAGUCAUUCAGCAAACCCUAGAAAUAGUGGGCAGUAGGCUUAUGUGGGUGGGAAAAGAUGGGUCUGUGUAUCAGGAGUGGGAAUGCUAUAUAGAUGAACGGUAAAGCAGUGGUUAUGGGUUCUACAUUUCUAUAGAGGUGGAUCUCUGUCACAGAGAAGGAGCACUGGGGAGGGAUGCAUAGGCAUUGUGGAUUGUUAGUACAUGUGGAAUGGACAUCUGAGUACAGGGUAUACAUGCAGAAUACUAAAUCUAGAGACAUGAGUUCAGAGAAAUCCAUACAUAGGUGUGUGUGUGUGUGUGAGAGAGAGAGAGAGAGAGAUUGCUGUAAAGUAUGUGGAAUGCUUGGGUAGGAAACAGCUGUAGGCACUGGAGAGGGAGCAUAUAAAUUGGGAACAGCAUAGUCUUGUGUGGUGUGUGACUCUCUGCAUUCAAGGUGGGGAGUGACACAGUUUGUGGUUUAUGAGCAGGAAGGGUAUGACUCUUUGUGUAAGGAUGGAGUUUAUGGAGCAGCAGCUGUGGAAUGAGUGUAGCUUUGCAGCAGCAGAGUGAGGGAGGAAGUAUGUGAUGGCAGGCAGUGGGGAAAUGUGAUGGUAUAUGCAUAGAGUGAUGAAGUAGUAGCAACAGCAUGUGACAAUAGAGGGAGUGUGUGUGUGGCUCUUUGUGUGCCUAGAGAAGGGAAUGCAGGAUGUGGAGUGUGACUAGACUUGAGGGAGCAUGGCUGUGCUUCUGGAUAUAGGUGGGAGAGUAGAGUUGUGUAUCUGUGUGCCGAUGGGGGGGGGAGUGUGUACGUGACCCCAAUCAGGCCCUUCCUCUUCCCUCUGCUCUGGGCAGUGCUACAGGCCAGGCACGCUCCCUGGAGGGCAAUCAGAUCCUUUAAUCUUCAGCAGGAUGGAAAGCGGCUGGGUCUGUUCAGAGCUCUCACUCUCCCUUGCAUCAGUUCCCCCCACCCCUUGUGCUUUGGCUUUGAUGUUCAGCUUCUCCAUGUUGAAGCAGACAGACUUGGGCAUUCACAUCCUUGGGCUGGAUCUGAGCAUGCAUGUGCAACAUGCACACACACACACACACACACACACACACAUGCAUUAUUGGCACAUGUUCUCCCAUACAUGUCCUAUUAUUCUGUAAAUGCCGCAGGGGGAGCAGCUUGUGCACUGAGAAGACUAGAGAGUUUGCAACACUAGUCAGCAUCUACUCUAGGCUCCCUAGCCUGCGGGUUCCUCAUCCCACAGCCCCAGUGGAGGGAGGGCUGGUGGAGGAAGGAAGGGUAGGCGGACUCAUGAACUCUGGGAUCCCUGCUGACAGCAGGAGGUUUGAAUGGCCUCAUAUGCGGUGAAGGGACCAGGCAGGCUACUCAUUGGUAUCUUCUAAAUUUAGGAGCCUGAUUAUAGUUUGGGGCUUGGAUAGAAGAGAGGAAAAUACCCACCAAAUAGAAAUUCAGCUUGGGAGGAAGAGAGCGAAAAGCACAUGCUUGCAUGAAUCUGCAUCAUGAGAGUGCAUUCAUGAUGUGUGAAAGGCACCUGUGCUCCUUCUUUCUCUCUCACACUCUCAAACACAUUAUUUUUUCUUGUGCACUCACAGUAACUCCAUAUGACAGCUGCUCCUGGGUCAAUCCCAAAAGAGAGAAAUGCAAUACAGACAAGGUGUUGUAUUUUAAUGCAGUAACGUUUACUGGUGUCAAGCUGGAGCAUGCAAGCUUUUGAGCUGCACAGAUCUCUUCUAUCAAAGCAGAAUUAAUGGGGGCCAGAGUAAAAUGUUCCCCUGUAAUUCCAAAGCCACUGAAGCAAUCUUUCUAAUCCUGCAUGUAUAUUCUAUGUGUCUAUGUGCACGCAUGCAUGAACACACACACACACACACACACACACACACACACAGUGUCUCUCCUUCUCACUUGAAGUCUCUGCCCUCAGUCAAACAAAGCAGCCGUGCUGGAUUAACUGUUGGAACAGAAACACACAGUUUUGCUUUUCCCGUAGGAGCAAUUUUCCAUUGAUUGUGUGGUAAUUCAUCCCACUUGAAAUCAAGAGUUAGACACUCGAGUAUUUGCUUUUCUGACUGUUGCAGUAGCAGGACAGUAUCCCACUUUUCCUUCAUGUCAGUCCAGUUCUUAUGGGUGCAUUGUGGCAGGGGCAGCAUCUUCCUGGCUGGGAGAAAAACAGUGGCCAGAUUGUGAUAAUGGUGGGAGUUGCCAGAUCUCAGAAUCCUACCAACAGUGCUAUCUUGAGAGGGGAGUUGGUGUCUCUUAUUUUUGAGCCAAUAUGGAAGCUAAACCCCAAGCAGGGCAUUGAGCCAGCAGGGCUGUGCCGCUGCAGAGAGAUACAAGCCACCCCACUGCUCCCAUAAGCAAAGAUUGUGGUCCUCUUGUCUUAGCCUUGUUGGCUUCCCCUCCAAAUCCUGUGUCCUCCUAACCCCACUGCAAACAGAGUGGGUGGCAGGAACAGUGAGCUAUAGCUGUAUCUUUCUGCUGUUCGAAAGCACAGGGGCUCGCAUUAGCUUUAUCCAUUGUCUAAUCAUAACCAUGGCACGUAAUCAUUGCAAACCUCUUAAUACACACAGAUAGUCAUCUCCAGCAAAUCAACCAUUUUGGGGCCUUGUCCUGACCCACUCAAUUUACCCUGGUUGUAUGAUACGAGCGAUAAAGGGGGGGUGGUAAAAAAUAAAGCACUUCUUGCCUGGUUCUCUCUGCAGCUUGGCAACUGUCUCCUUCCUGGGACAGUAGCCUGGGCUCCUGCUCUCAACCCCACCCCCAGCAUGUCACUCAAAUAAAGCAAAGGGGGUGGGAGAGGCAGAAGUCCAGCAGGGAGUCAGCAAAUCUGUGUUGUGUGGGAAGUGGGCAGACUGGCCCUUUGCUUUUGUGUUUGCAGCUGCUGCUAUUGCCACCCAGCCUGGCAUUCACAUUCUGGUCUUCCUUGCACCACUCCCUCUGCAAAGAGAAAUGAGCAGUAGUCAGAAGGAAAAAGCUCCCCUAUAACUUAUAACUCCUUCUUACUCCCCAACAGUCUCCCUCAUGCAGCCAUUUUUAUAGGGCUGUUGCUGUGUGUGCGCGCGUGUGCAUAUGCAUGGUACACACACACACACACACACAUAGAGAGAGAGCAAAGGAGCAGGUGUCUGUUUAGACAAUGCAGUUGCUUUGUCGUGCUCCAGUGGGAGGGCAGGAUGGGGGUGGGGUGAAGAAGGGAAAGGGAAUGGGGAAGAAUAAAUGUAAGAGCAGGAUUUCCCCUGUGUGACUGUGACAGUGGUAGACAGGUCUGUGUGCAUGACUCCUGCAUAGGCUGCUAUAGUUUUUUUGCGGAGGGGAUUAGUGUGCAUGUGUGAAUAGAUAUUUGAAUGACUGACUGACAAGAGGAUGUGAUUUAAGAGACAUCACUACAUAUGGAGUGAGAGUAGAGGUAGUGAACUUUCUGCUGUCUUUGUUAUGCAUUGUGCUAAGGGUGUAGCUCAUAGCUCUUGAAAUUUCGGGAUGAAGGCAGAGUGAGAGAAUAGAAUCCUGGAUUUGGUGUGGUGUUUGGGGUUGAGGGGGAAAAUGGUUUGGUUAGUGACCGCUGGGAAUGUUUGUUUUUCCAUUUCAGUUUCUCCCUUGAUCCAUUUACCUUACCCAGGCCUGCUCUGUUUUUCAUGCCUUUUGUGACAGCAUGUCAUGCCAUUAGAGGACUGUGUUUGUCCGGUCCUUGCUGCAGGAAGCAAACUCCCUUCCAUAGCUGCCUGUACUGAAUGGAUUCAGCCCUUGUCUGACUAAAACACUGUGUCCUCCUAGCGUGGCUAAGGCCUAAAUAAAAUGGUUUUUCCUCUGUUAUGCAGCUGCUCAUGCCAGCAGAUCUAAACUGCCACAAAGGCUGAAGGGGCUUGUGGUGUUAGGUUUGCCGUGCUGCAAGAGGUAUCAGUUUCAUCAUGUGUGUAUUACACUGGUCUAGGUGUGUGUACAAAUGUGUGCAUAUGCUUUACAGUUUUACAUGCUUCCACGUUCCUUAUUCUCAUUGUUAGCCACUUGGGUUCAAAUUCUAGCGCAGCCACAAAUAUUGUAAACACACACACACACACAGAGAGAGAGAGAGAGAGAGAGAGAGAGGAGACACAUCUGCUUACAGUCCAGGAGCCAUCUAGAUUCACAAGGUACACUUAGGAAAAUCUGUUUCUCGGUCUCUAAUCUCCAGCUAGGAAUAACAACAAUGUGCCUCAGCGAGCUUUGAGAUUUUGUUGCUGUAGAAAGCAGAAGUUGUGUGCUUCUACAUCCUCUUCACUACAGCGCUCCAAUGCCACAAAUCCCCCUCCUUUGUGUAGGGAAGAGAGAAGCCUGUAAUGCUUCCUGGAUGAUGGACUACAGCUCCAUACACCAUAAUCAAUCAGGCACAAACUGCCCCCCCCCUUCUACACACGGCUGUCCCCUCUUAUUCUGUCCUCUCAUGGACUCUAUAAAAUACAAAUUAAAACCAGGUUCCACAAUUGAGCUGAAGAUGGGAUGAUAGCCCAUCUCAGGACACAAAACCAGAGUAACUGCUCUCCUUUGCAGAAGCAGCCAAGAUAGAAAACCCUGACCCCUGCAUUCCAUUCCAGCUAAUUGACCAGGAAACAAACAAGACUCCAGAGACAGGGUGGAUGGCCUCAGCUCCCAGAGUCCUCCCUCCCUUCUUGCCAGCUCAAUCCCCUCUCCCCCCACUGCGCUCCUCACCACCUCCACCGUACAGGGCUGGAAGGCAGCCUAGGACCUGAGCUCCUUUGACACAUCAAAGAGCUGCUACAAAGAGUCUGUGAACAAACAGAAUUCCCUACUAAAAUUCUCCCCUUUGCUUCCUCCUGCUUCCAAGCAGCAGGGUUGGGGAAGAAGCUAUUGUUCCUCCUCUGCUCUCUCCUUCCAGCAGGGAAUUUCUCUGUCAUGUUGACAGUGCCAUGCCUCUUUGCACCCAGGCGCAGUUUUGUCACCUUGCUUCUCACCGCCACCCACCACAGCCCUCCUCAACCAGCCAUUAUUUUAUGGCCCUGUUUAGCCAUGCUCUUUCAGAUCUCCACAAUAUUUUUUAGCCCUCCUGAAUCAUUAGUCUGGCUGCCUUGGAGGCUGGUAGUCUAUUCCCACAGUGAAUCCUAUUGCGAGUAAAAUGACAGGAAACAAGAGAGGCUGAUAUUUAUGAAAUGGAAGAAGAGAGAAUGCCUGAAACAACCAAAAAGGGAAAGCAGGGGGGCAUCACCACGUGAAUUUCUGUAGAAAUCACCGAAAGUUCUAGCAGGCUGACGGGAAAUGUGGGGAAAGGACCUAAUGUUAAGCAGGCUGGGGUAGACAGAGAAAGGAUGAAUAGAGGAAAGCAUGGUAGAGUUUUUUGGGUUAGCAGCUGGUAAUUGGAUGGACAAUUUACCUGGAGUCCUGGAUCACCUUGCGAAGGAGGGGUAGAGUUGGGUAAACCCAGGUCUUAAAAGUUAGGCAGCAUACACCCCACACAUUAAAAACACACCCCUCCCCCCAAACUCAUGAGAAGGGUGCUGGGAAUUGUAGCUCUGUGAGGUGUAAAUUAAAGUUCCCAGCACUAUGAGUCGGAAGUGCUUAAGUGCUUGGUGUGUAAAGAGCCUAAAUCUGUGGCUCCCUUUAAGGACCCUUUUCAUACCUUAUGCAAUUCUUCCUCAGGAACUCUUACUCACUCUCGCCAACUCACACUGAGUGCCUAUUGCUAGAAACAAUUAAAUGGACCUCCUCUCUCCUAGAUACACAUUGCCAAAUACUUAAAUCAGUUUUCUUCAAGUGGGGGAUGGGAGAGGAGGUAGGGAAAAGAUUGUCUUUGAUUGGGAACAUGGACACAGGACUAGCAAGGGGUGUGGCCUGAGGAGAGUCCCAUGGACCUGAGUUUCUCCACGCAAUGUUAAAUGCACAACCACCAUUCAGUUUAAUCUUGAAUGUAGGCAGGAAGUGGCUUAAAUCCCCCACCCCCAACACUGACAUUUGCAGUGUCACUUCUGCAAGACAUCCCACAGGAAGAUUGGUUUGAAUCCAAGUGGCUACCUGAUAUGUUGUAUUUUCCUUGUAAAUCAGUUUAUUAUUACCCAUCUUAUAAGAGAAAAGGACUAGAAUAAUAUUUUUAACUUGCGUGUAAUGGGGUUUUUAAGAACAUUUGCUUUUUGUUUCUUCACUAUGGUAUAUAUUCAUAGACACAGGUGUGCAGGGCUGGCCCAAGACAUUUUGUCACUGCAGGCAAAAUGCCCUGCUGCCCCCCCCAGCAGAUCCAGGUCCCUGCGCUCACCCGAUCCCUGCAGUCUAGCGCUGCAACUGUACCCUCACCUGUGGCUGUGCCCAUGCUGCCACCACGACACAGUGGCAAGGGUGCAGCUGCAAAGGCAAUGGUGCUGUGAUGGUGGUGCAGGAAGUCCUGGUGGGGCUAGCAGGCACGCAACAAUGGGGGAGGGGAGGGUUGGAUUCGCUACCUGAAGCAAAUGGCUUCACCUUGCUUUGUGCAUGGGCUGCUCCUGUGUGCAGUAUACCUUGUGUAAGGGCUACCAUUUUAUCCUUCUCCAUGGGUGAGACCACCGAAGAGAAUUUAGACAGAAGCAGCCCAACCAUGAGGAAAGGUUAAUUGGCUGCCUUAGGCAGCUGAUUGUGGUGUGGCAGAGGAGAAAAGGGUCUGAUCUGAUGAAUAGGACUCACAACCAUUGGUAAUUCUCUUACAUAGGCUCCCCUGAAAUGAAUGGGAGCUGCGCAAGAACAUCAUAGUGUGUCGCUCGUGUUCAUUUCAAUGAGACUAGUAAAGGGCAACUUCCUUCUCAACUAAUUGUGCCCCUCUGUGUAGAGGGUGGGGUGAGUGGAUUCAUUUGGGUUUUCCUAGUUCUGUUCUGCAGAAUUGCAGAGCUAUCCAGAUUGAAGCUGUCUUCUAAAAAGCAGUGUGGUGGAGAUAGUGAUGCCGAGCGAAUAGGUCAAUCUGAUAUAGGGGUGUGGACUUGUUUUCUCUCACUUUGGAACUCUCCCAUACACAGCAGCCAAAGCUCUACAUAGUGAGCAUAAAAUGACAGCUAAGUGAAAUUUUGAGAGUGUUAGAUGACUUCACAGUUAUGUGUCUUAUAAAGAUGCUCCUGUUCUGCUGCUACCAAACAGUGCCUUUCUCCUGGAUAAGGAGAAAGUGAGAGAAGCCAGAUUAGAGCAGAAGCAAUGGAGGGGGAAGAGAGACUUUCCCACGUGUCUCCUGCUGGGAAUUGAAUAUCAGCAUCUCACGGCACCUUCUCAUUCGCUACAAGGGGAACAGACUUCCUCCAUCCUUCACCCCUUUGAAGAAAUGGGAAUUCUUUUCUCUCUUUUUUAAGACAGAGCAGCUUGUGCUUUCAGAGGACUGAUGUGCUCCCUCCCCGCUCCUGACCUUUUCCUCCCCAUUCUGCACAUCUGGCCUCCACCCUCCCCUUUCUGCGCGCCUCUUGCCCCUGCGUGCCUCCUCUGGCCAGAUGUGCAGGCAGGCGGAAGAGUCUGAGGGGAGGUGCUAAGGCAGAGAACUGGAACUACUUUCUCACAGCAGCAGCAGGAGCAGCAGCAGCAGCAGGAGCAGGAGCAAGAGCAAGAGCAAAGCAGCCACAGACUCAUUGUGUGAGAGGGAGGGAAAAAGAGAUGGUGGCGGCAGCAGUAGGAGACGGCAGCGCCUGCAAAUAAUCCUCCUCAUGCAACUUUUCCUUUAAGUGCCUCACACGCACGAGGGAGGCUUUCCUCCUGAUCCUUCUUCUCUUUCCUGGUGAUAAAAACUGGGACUCUGGAGAGGAUAUUCCCUUUUUGUACAAGUUACUGCAGCUCUGAAGAAGAAAAGAAAAGGACUGAUCUUUUUUUGAGGGGGGGGGCCUUAAGUAGAUUUUUAAGGACCAAAGGACUUCUCCCCCUUUUACGUUUCCCUAGGAUUUUUAAGGUGAUAUUUCCUCCCUCCCCCUUCUUCUUUUUGCAGAUUGGAGGAUCUUAGCUGGAGAAGCAGCUUAUUUUAGAAGUUAUCUUUUUUAGGUUGCUGCUCCCCCAAACACAAAUCCUAUUCCAGGUGUUAAGCUCCCCACUUUCUCAGAGCAUCUCCUACAUAACUUCAGCAGUACCGAGUUUCCCCUCAUGGUUCAUACCCAUUACAAGGAAGUUUACAGUAACUUUGGAAUGAGAGACAAAAUUUCAGAGUGGGAAAGGAAAACCUGAACUCAACUCUGAUCUUUCCUCCCUUUGCACAGAAUUUACGUUUAACUCCUACCUUCACUGCAAUGGAUUUUUACAAGGGGCAUUAAUUUCCUCCUCUUAAUGUUUUAAAGUUGGAAGUUGCAGCAAAGGGGGAGAAGAGACGGCGGAACUUCAAUUUUUUAAAAUUUAAAUAACACACAAGUAUUUCAGUUUCCUGAAAGAGGUACGAAGACUGGAAGGGGAAAAUAUAUCCUUUCCCAGCCUGGUGGUCUGCUGGGACUUGGAAGAUGCCUUCCGUAAUGGAAAAAUCAGGGAUCCUGUCCAGAAGCCGGUCCAAGUCAGCCACCAACGGCAACCACCAGAACUCAGAAGAUGACAGCAGUGAAGAGGAACACUCCCACGGUAAGCCAAGCUGAGCUACAUGCUAUGCUCACACGAGGAGUUAUUAAAAGUGGCUGUUUCUCAAGACUUCAUUGUACUCAAGGGGGUGGGAGGAUUUGAACCAAUGGAUGCGUGGGUUGAAGGUCUAAGAUGCCCCAGUUAAAAAGAGGGCUGAGAGAGUCCACUGUGCUGUGCUGCGGUGGAACAAAGAGUUUGGUAUCAGGGACCCUUUUGGAGCUGGACUUCAGGCCACUGAGCUCAUGACACCAAUGGCUUUAGUUUGGCUCUUUCCAAUAGAGGGGAAAGGCCUUUAUUAGGCUCACCUUGCCCUCUACUGGCCACAGAGUGAGAGUGGGCGUGGGAGAGGGAGAGCUGGUAACACAAAUGUGGGGGGGGGUGUGUGCAGAGAUAAAUCUGGCUCCAUGAGGGCUGUGGGGUGAGGUUGUGGGGGCACAGCUGAUGGAUAAUAUAUCUAAGAAAAUGUUUGUUUUGGGGUGCAUAUGACAGCAUGUGAGAAACACGUAACUUGGAAAACUGUAGUUUGUAAAGCAACAGAGAUGGUGCAGGGAGAGGGCUAGGAGUGUGCAAAAGAGAGAGACUUAUCCUGAUUGCAGGAAGCAGAUGAUGAGCUCCUUCAGUGUUGUGAUAUGAGGCUUCAAAAGAAGAAGGGGGGCGCACAGGUGUUAGUCUGGCUCAAGGUGUUCCAAAAGGUGAGGUGCUGUUAGUGAAGUGCAUCUUCCCAAAUGUCAGCCCAAGCAUGUGUUAUGCUGCUGCUUGGGAUCCUUGAAUAAAACAGUGUGAUAGUUGCCAGGUCACUGUGGUUGGAAGAGACACUUCUUUCCCUUAAUCCUUUCCAGUUGCUUCACACUUUAGUGAUCACCCACCUAUCUUACCUCUGACAUUUGAUCCUUUUUUGCCUGUGUGGUCAGACCCAGAAGCAGGAUGAGGGUGGGGAUCCUCUGCAACUGCCCCUUUCCUUUUUUCCACCUUCACCCAUUGGCCAGGUUAACAAAGGAGCCAGCUGGGGGCUAGAAUUAGAAAGUUGGUUUGGGUUUGAGCUCAUAGCUUUAUUGUCCCCAGAGCCCUCCCGUCAUCUCUCUCCCCACCCUCCCACCCAAACUCUGUUAUGAUUUCCUGUACACCUCUGGCUUUGUUAGGUUUCCUCUUCCUCUUCCACCUCCCUCCAUUCUCUGUGGGAUGUGGUGGUGGAGGGACAACCCCCCGCCCAGUACUCCACAUGUCCACUGGUGCACCUGCAGCUGAACAUCUGCUCUAGGAGAUAUACAGUGCUGUUGAUAGGGCUGGAUGGGGAGAGACUUUUGUCCAUCUGCCACAGGCUAUAGAUACACAACACAAGUAAAAUCACCCUAGUCAGAUUUCAUUCUCAAAACACAUUUUGGACAGAAGCUACCUCAGUGUGUCACCUGCAUUCCAAGGUGUGUGUAUGUGUGUGUUUACCCUGAUAGUAUAACCAUGACCACCCAGCCACCAGCAGGUUUUGCUUUAGCUCUCUUGAACUGUUGGAUAGGACUGCUGCCUUCUCCAGUUCUCUCUCUCCACCUUGAAUAUUGGAUCAUGCUCUAGUGAGCCGGGUGGUGAUGGUGCAUGGCCCUAAGGUGGUGUCAUUUGUCUUUGCCAACUGACAUCCACCCCUCACCCCACCCUGCCCAACACCACCCUAGAGCUGCCAGAUGCACUCUUGGGGGAGGUGCAGAUGGUGCCCCCAAGAUACAUCAGGAGAACCAUGCCCCUUCCUGCACAUGGCCACAUGAGGAUCCCAUCACUGCCAUCCCAGAAACUGCUCUGUAGGGCACAGUGUGGGUGUUUCCCAGAAUGGAUAUGGAGCCCUUUCAGCAGACACUCGGCCCCCAGCCCAGCAUGUGUUUCUUGGCCCCUCUGCCAGAAAGUGAAAGCUCAGGAGCUCCUUGGCAUGACGUUGGCUAAAUGUUUCCAGAUCUUGCCUGCCGUUCAGCAGCUGCUUGGUAGCUUGGGGGUUUUUUUUGGGUUUUUGUAAGGAACAGGAGUUUGCAGAGGGUGGUGGAGAAAAUACUAGGCUAUCCAAAGUUAUAGUGAAAAUGGUGCAUUUGCUGCCUGGGAAGGUUUCUCAGCAGUAGCCUUUCUCUUGAUGUUUCCCUGGAGGGCUCCCAAGGGUCCUUGCUUCUCAAGUGCCAAAGUGCUUUGGGUGGUGGAGGGUAUGUGCACUGAGUGUUUGUACCAAGAUCCUCCUUAUUCAUUUGGAAGGCUGCUAUGGCUUGAUCAGCCAUUUAUACUGUUGCCCUCUUGGCCACACCGCCACCACCUUUGAGGAUGGAGAAAGGCAGUGAUAGAAGGAACACACAAACACUCCACUGCAAUAUCUCAAGUAGAACCAGGACUCCUCCCAACCAAAACAUGCAAUUGCCCCUUCAUAUACAGUAGAAGUCUCCCCCAAAUACUAUGCUGGACCACUGAACUUAAAAGCAGUGGAGCGUCUCAUUCUGCUUCCUGCACUCUCCACAUCCCUUGGGAAUGUCUCUGGGCAUUUGAGGCUAUUCAGGCAGGAAGCACCAGCCAAAAGUGAACUGUUCCCAUUCCAAGGGAUGAUCCGACUCCUCUCUUGAGGGCUUGUAUCGCUGUCUGAGCCAGCCUUUGCCCUCUCUCCCUUGCAGCAGCAGGUCCUUCAAGCUUGUCUUUCUUGUUCCCUUACAGACAGCAUGAUCCGUGUGGGAGCAGAUUACCAAGCUGUGAUUCCAGAGUGCAAACCAGGUAAAGGGAGGGGGGGCACAUAUAAGCAUUACAGAUUACAGGAGAGGGUUAAGCAAGAAGGCAGUCAUGUUCCCGGCUCCUUCAAAUAAAGGCUCUGGCUUAACAGUCCUGGUGGAUCAUUGCAUUCUGAGUCCUCCUCCUUCCUAAGUGGAACCUGAGCAUUUCCCCCUAAGGUGAACAAGGGCGACGGGUCCCACCCCCACCCUGCUGCACCAGAUGGCUUCUCUGACCAUCCCCCUCCUGCACCUGGCAGCAGCCCGAAGCCCUAAUGCAGUCACACUCUCUUCCAGUGCCAAAUCUUUGGCGCCUCCUGCUUACAACCAGCCUGGCAACGCGUAGCUGCUAGUUUCUGGACCUGGAGGCUCCACCUGUCUUUACUCUUGGUUCCGGGGUGAGUGGGGUGAAAUUAUAUGUACCUCCUCCCCACAUGCUGUCCAAGAGUGAAGGGAGGGGUCCACCAAAGUGUUAGAUAAUGUGUAAUACAGGUGGGGACUGAAGACAUGAGCAGACUGAGUGGGCGUGAUGGAGGGUGGGGGGUGGUCACCUACCAGGAAAACACAGUGAAAGCUGACUGAGCUGGGAUAGCUCGCACUGCUGGCUAGGAUACCGGAGAGAGGUUGUGUUUGUGUGGACGCCAAGCCAUCCACUGCUUGCUUCAGCACAACAGCAUUCCUCUCUCACCACCUUGAUUUUCAGCAGCAGCAGCAGAUGAACCUAUCAGGAGAUCCUGCCCAGAGUGCUUAAAGCUUUCUCUUCCCUCUGUCUUUGUAAUUCAGAGAGCCCAGCUCGCUACAGCAACAAGGAGUUGAAAGGGAUGCUCGUUUGGUCUCCAAAUCAUUGCGUCUCUGAUGCCAAAUGUGAGUUGCUCCUCCCUCUUUAUUGUGUAAAAAGUGGAAAGGCCAGGUCAGAUCAAUGGCUGGGGCUGGGCCCUGCACACUCCUGUGGAGCUCUCCUCCCUUCAGGCCAUGUUGGAUGUUCCAACAGCCUUUGCUCCCUGGCCUGGAUUCUGAACCAGUUCCAGAAUCAACCAAGAACCAGCCUGGCUAAAAUAGGGGUGGGGGUGGGGAAAUGCAUUCCAUCUUCAGCUGGUAACAGAGCCUCUGAUUGACAGCUCCCCCUUCCCCCCCUCCCGGGACUCCUAGAAGCAAUUACCGAGCGGCUGGUGCGCUGCCUCCGGCUCCUGGGUUAUUAAUCUGGCUGGUGCAGGCAGCUGGGGGGGGGGGGGAGAGAAAUGGUGUCGCUGCCUAUGCUGAAGCAGAGAGGCCCAAAGUUGGGGUUCCGCUUGCCCAGGUAGUGCUGUCGCUUUUGAAGAGGGCGGCAAAAGAUUGAUGCAUGGCCAAUUGUCACCCCAAUGGCUUUGUCAUUAAGGGUUUGUGUGAGAAUAUUUAGUAUAUCACAUGUACAUAAUAUAUUUUACAGCCACACUUUCCACUUCUAUGGGGGAUGCUUCUCCCCUCCUUCCCGCACAUGAAUUCACAUGGGACCGGCAGACAUCUCUUGGGCAGUCCUCUUGUAACACAGAUCUAGUGUGUGCUGGACCCUCUGGCCACAUGCCUUUUAUGUUCCUCUAGAGGGCGCCCCGCAACAGAGCACUUCAAUUUUCUCCCCUCUUUGCUAGGAGGGGCUCCUCACCGGAAGCCCCAAAAGUGGUUGUGGAUGUCAUGGAAGAGGAGAUGAUCACUGCCAUCCCCACCGGGCAGGCAGGCAGGCUAGUCAACCACCGAGGGAAAGAGAUGUCAGAGGACGAAGCAUCUACAUCUUCUCUGUUUCCCUCCCCCAGCACUGACGGUUGCCUCUUUCUCCCUCUAGUGGACAAAUAUAUUGCCAUGGCCAAGGAGAAGCAUGGAUACAACAUAGAGCAGGUAGGUAAACCAGAACAAACUGGAUUCCCUGGAUGGUGCUUCAACAAGUUUUACUUGGAGCAGACUCAUUAAAAUUACUGGACCUAACUUAGUGGUGGUCAUUAAUUUCAGUGUAAAUCUUAAGUUGAAUACAACCCCUUGUUUCUUGACCCUAACGCAACAUUUCUGAAAUCCUACAAAUUCCAUAAGAGCAGAGCAAAUUACACAAAAUUAGACAUUGUUUGAUCGGGUUAACCAAAUUAGAUUUAUUGGACACUUCAUUCCACUUAGCAUCAACUUGUAAGCCAGUAAAAGCUUAUUGGAAACAAUGCUACCCAGUCUUAAGAUAGGCAUUUUCUCAUAGCAAAAAAUGUGAUACCACAGGACCAGGUGAGAGAUACAUUUAAGAGGGAUCCCUCCCCCAAGAGCUGACAAACAUGCCAUUCCAUGGCCAAAGGUAACCCUUUCUAGCCCAUCUCUCUUUCACUGACCUGCUUGCCAUCACUAUCUUAACCUUGUAAGGUUAUCUUCAGAAUUGCCAGAAACUUCAGUAUCGCCAGACUUUCAGGAGCCACAUUUUCAGGAGUGACAUUCCAUUGCUGGGACAGUUGCUCCUCUCUCUUACCCAUUACUUUCUUUCCCCCAACAGGCUCUGGGGAUGCUGCUGUGGCACAAACACGAUGUGGAGAAGUCCCUGGCUGACUUGGCCAAUUUCACACCAUUCCCUGAUGAGUGGACGGUGGAGGACAAAGUCCUGUUUGAGCAAGCCUUCAGCUUCCAUGGCAAGAGUUUUGCUCGAAUCCAGCAGAUGGUAUGCGUUCCCCUCUUGCUGGUGUAAGUGGCAGGGUGGCUGGGGUCCAAAGAACAAUCCUCUUCUCACGAGUGUCCAGUGCCAGGUUGGUCACGUCAGGCCCCUUCUGCAGCCCCACUGCCACCUCCUGGCUGUUCUCUGGGUGAGCAGUGAUGCAAGUGAAGGAGGGGAGCAGCCUUUCCUCACCCUCUUGGCCCUGGUUCAGUUGGCCAAGAAGAGGGUAAGGAAUGGGAAAUAGGGACAGCAGCAAGGUGGAGGUAAGGCUGAGGGUAUCUUCCACAGGUCCCCCUACAAAACCUGCAACCAGAUAUGUGCCUAUGUUGACAAUUUACAAAACUGUUUUAAAGGCCUGCUCUUUGAAAUCCUGGGCUGGCUGCACCAUGAUUUUCCCAUUCUGUAUCCCCUUUUCACUCUGUAUGGGGAGCCAGCUUGUGCAAUUAUAUGGGCUGAUGGUUGUUUCUGGACCAGACUCCCCAUUUCACUAGUCCCAUUCUGGCACCUCCUGUCUCUCACACACAAUAUACGAAUGACCCAGUGCCACAGCUCUACUCGUUAACUCUGUAUUUGAGCAUCACUCCAUGGCCUAAUUACAUGCCUAUUAGAAUUACCUUGUGCCACACAGUAAUUCAGGUUUUGGCUGCCCUCUUCUACUCACCGUUCCUCCUGCGACUCCUUGCUUAGCUUCCUGAUAAGAUGAUUCCCAGCCUGGUGAAGUAUUACUACUCCUGGAAGAAAACCCGGAGCAGGACUAGCGUGAUGGAUCGGCAGGCCCGCAAGCUGCUCAGCAAGAAGGAAAAGGAUGACAGGUCAGAGACCAAGAGUGCAUGUACGUGGGGUGGAUCGGCUUAGCAGGCUCAUGAAGGAAAGGGUUUGUAGCAGAGGUAGCUGGGUGGCUGGGCCUGUCACAGAGCCAAUAACUUUGCCUUCAACCCCAAAACAGUUUCAUUAGUGGGACCCCACCAAUUAAUGGAACACUACAAAUCAGUUUCUGAGGCAGGGAGCCUGCCCAAACCCAGUUAAGCUGAAUAUAAUGUCAAGAUUUGCCCAUAAAACCAAUUGCAAUCUAGCAAGGACAGAACCAGGCAAAACAUUGAUGGCUUGGAAGUGACUACCUUGUACGCAAUACUUGCGUGGACACAGCCUGGACUUCUAAAACUCCAAGACCCCUGCUUGUGCUAACCACUGCAUCACUGUAAACUUGUUUUUUUAAAAAAAAUAAACAAAUAAGUAUGUGACAGAAUUCCAAACUUUGCUCCUGCAAUUUAAGUCUCUCCCACUGCUUGGGAAAAAGUGGGGGCACAAGCAGAGAUGGCCAGAAGUUCGUUUUCUCCAGUGAAGCCGAGCCAGGAUGCAAUGAACAGCAGUAAUUACUGCCUCCCAGAAGAGCUCAAAGCAAGGAUGGCAAUAGCCCAGUAGGGGGAAGAGACCUAUUUGGAGAAACCAGAAAAAGACUGAAGGAGAGGCAAGUCAUAUUCUGGAGCAAGCAGAAUAACUUCUAAUGUCUGCUGCAUUUCCCCUACAGUAAUGAUGAACUGGAGGAAGGACGGCAGGCUAGUGAGGGUGAAUUUGAUGCCAUGGAUCCCAAGAAGGAGGUAAGGGGAAUGGCCACUAACAGGUCUAAACUAAGGGUAACUAAGAUAAACAAGGGUCAACAUGGUUCCAGUACCUUCAGUGGCAAGAAAACAGGCACUUUGCCAUAAAAAUGUUUUUGUGUGUGUGUUUUUUAAGUACAGGGCACACAAAGUCCUGAAUUUAUCAGGAUGGAGAUGCCAUGUGCCAAGGAACAUUAAACAGCUUAGAAGAGCUAUAACUGAAUGACAACUGUAUGUCAAAAGGAACUGGGUGGUAGAGGACUGGCUGAUACAUUAACCUAAGGAAGAUGGGGUUGUAACCAGUGAAGUUCUACCUGGGGGGUCGACCCACUGAAAUUAACGAACCUAAGUUAGCCAUGUCUAUUAACUUCAGUGGAUCUGUACUGAGUACAACUAGCACUGGAUACAACCCAAGGAGUUACCCCCGCCAAGACAGAUUACAAUCCAGCUCCUCAAGGAAGCAGCAUUAAAGGGCAUGGGAGGAAGAGCUGCACUGGGGCAGUAAAAACCAUGGUAAAUUUGAAGGGAGGCCCUGUUCAGUUUUCUCUCACUCUCAUUCUCUCCUCUCCAGCCUAGUUACCAGAAGCCCCUGAACAGCAAGCCAGGGCCUGUGAAGAAGGAGGUGCAACUGUCCCAGUAUCGGCACCACCCACUACGCACUCGCCGGCGUCCUCCCAAGGGCAUGUACCUGAGCCAGGAGGACAUUACAGGCCUGUCUGCCAGCCCAGACAUGGCUGUUCUCACCCUGCGCCACCUGGACUCCCAGCUGGUUUCCCUCAAGCGCCAGGUAGCAAAAUCCUAAGUGUGUACACGUGGUCACAACUUGCUGCCUGCCUGCCUCCCUCCCAAUGAGCAUGCACCGCCCCUUACAGAAAACCUGUUCUCCUUUUCAUCUUCCAAAGAAUUUGGGCUCUUCAGACUAUGGGGGUGGGCAAGGGAGCUGUUGCCUCCUGACCUUCCAGUCUCUGUCCAUACUAGGUACAGAGCAUCAAGCAGAUCAAUAGCAGUAUGAAGCAGGUGCUAGAAGGUGGAAUAGACAAACUACGGCCACCCGAGGUGAGUGUGCAUGCGCAGGCAAGCUGCCCCUUUUCUGUAGUGGUAGUUUCCAGAUUUCUCUGUUCGGGGGAGGCAUAAGAGGGAGGGAGGCAAAGCUCAGACAUGCUCCUUUUCUCCCUUGCAGACAAACAUCAAGUUCAAUUCACGCUGGACAACAGAUGAACAGCUGCUGGCUGUACAGGGUGAGCCUUCAAGGUCCAGCAGGUGGGAGCCCAUGCAGCAAAGAGGCGACAGGCUGCCUCCUCUUAGCAAUGCAGGGCUGAACUAGGAGAGGAUGGAUGGGUUAUUCCCCUCCGUUGUAUCAGAGGAGGAUAUUGGUCUUUGGGAUUUGAGGGCCAGAGUGUAGGUUAUGAUCACCCUAAAGUGGCACCCUCUGUACCAAAUUUCUCCACCAUGGAUUGGGGGCCUGGAGACACAACAGUAGGUAGCUGGCUUGCCAAAUGGUGGCAUUUGGUUAUGUUGCGGAAUGGUGCAAAAAUCACCUCUCUUUUCCUGCUCAGCCAUCCGAAAAUACGGCAAAGAUUUCCAGGCCAUUGCAGAGGUGAUUGGCAACAAGACAGUAGCCCAAGUGAAGACUUUCUUUGUCAGCUACCGGCGCCGGUUCAACUUGGAAGAGGUGCUGCAGGAAUGGGAGGCUGAGCAGGAGGGUGUGGGGCCGGCUGCCCCCCAAGGUAGCUCCCCUUCUCAGGACCAAAAGAGCUCUAGCGCUUCGUUAGCAAGCAGUGAGGAAGAAGAUGAGGUGAGGAGAGGGGCUGCCCCCAAGUACCAACACCGCACAGACCUCUUGAGCUUCUCCAGCACUGAAAGCUCUCCUUCUGCCCUUUUGCAGGUACAGAUCACUGCAGUGUCCCGUUCCCUGCAGCAGCAGCAGCAGCAGCAGCAGCAGCAGCAACCGCCGCCACUGCCCCCUCCGCCGCCACUCCCAGCGUCUCCCCGGCCACCACCUGCUGCCCUCUCACAGCCACCCCCUUUGCUGAGGCCCACACUUCCAACAGCACCCACGCUGCACCGCCAACCCCCACCACUGCAGCAAGGCCGCUUCCUGCAGCCCAGACUGUCGCUCAACCAGCCGCCACCCCCGCUCAUUCGGCCAGCCACCUCGCGACAAGCGCCCCGCAGUGGCCAGCACCCCCCAUCACUCCUUGGUGGGAUAGGAGAGCCCCCUCCCCCCUCCUCCAGCUCCCUCUGAGGAGGGGUUUCAGAGUGCUUCCUUUGACAUCUGUGAGCCUGGCUCUACAACAGUCACAGCUGGGAUUGGUACAGUCCUCCUCUCCCCCCACAAGGUGUGCAUUGGCUGUGGUGGUCAUGAAAAGGGAACAGGGGAAGGAGGGGCUUCGGGGUCCCAACUGUCAUCUGACCCAGUUCAGGUAGCAUCCAGAAAGCUGGCAAGGAAUCCCAAUCCCAUGUACAUUGGGGUGGGGGUGGGGUUUUUUUUUCUUG